UUCUAUUGGCUUGCAAAAGCUCUUCUCUUUGGGAGGGGAAUCAACACUGGCUGGUGCCCCUUGAGCCUGGAAGUGUGGAAGGCAGGGGGAACUACUGUAGGUGAUUGUAAGGGAGGAGACAGGCAGGUGGGGAAGUGAGGGGCUGGCUGUGUGCAGACUGAAGAUUGGCAGGGCUCCCUUUGCCCUUCUGAACCAUCCUCCACUGGCAGACAUUUGACUUGCCUCACUGCUGAUGUAUUGAAUACCCUGGGGCUUCUUUGGGGAGGGGGUUCUCCUUCUGUCUCCUGGUAUCUUUUAUCUUUUGGUUUAUUCUUGCAUAUUUCUGUAAGUGGCCCUGACCAUUUUAAUGAAAAGACAAGGGUGUAAAUGUCCCCCCUCCCUCCAAUGAAUGCAUGCAUAAAUAAGGAGCAGUGCAAGAGUCAGAGAUGAGGAGCCUGGGGCCUUCCAGGUACCUGCCGGACUCCAGCACCCGCCCUCCCUGAACGCUGGCUGUGGAGACUGUGUUGGGAGAUUCAUUCCCCAUCUGUAGUCAUAGGAUUGUUGUGUAUCAUAUGACUGCAUGUGUUUUCAUUCCACAGAGUGGAAGUGACGUAGACAGGAUGUUUUGUCUUCCUGUAGUGGAACUGUUGUUCCUUUGUUCUUUAUUCACUGCCUGCUAUGCUAGAGAGAGGCAGCCAUGCUAAACAGCGCUGAAUGUCUGAGCUGGGCAAACAGAGACAGACUCUGCAUUUUGCCACAAUAAAGCAGUUUAGCCUUAUUCAAUGGCUUGUGUGUGUUGUUCUGCAAGUUGGGGAACAAUCACAAUAGUGACCGGGCAUGUGUGCACAAUGCAUUUGUCCUAGCUCUGGGGCCCCAGGCAACAAAUGCUAACAGACUGGAGCUGAUGGGAGUCAGAGUCCACCAACAUGUGGAGUGUCACAUACAUUGCCCAGCCCACACCAGCUCUGCAAUGCAUACAUAUAUACAAAAUUUUAUUUGUAUGCCACUUUUCCAUAGUUCAAACCAUGUCAAGGUGGCUUACAACAUGAAAAAUGUACGUAAUUACAUCACAACAAAAGUAGUCAUAAGGAAUAAAUUAAACAUCAACAAAAUAUACAAACAAAUACAACAAUUUACACAUACAAAAAUUUUAUAUCAACAAUAUUACGUAGUGAGCAGACGACACAUCGAUUCUUCAAAGCAGCUCUUUAUUUGGAAGCUGGAACAGAACUGAACUGACUGCUGAGCCGGCCUGCUUUUAUAGAGGCUGGCUCAAAGAAUGUAACAAAACAUAAUUCAAAGUUCCCUCCUAAAGUUCCCUCCUAAGACAACUGCCAAGAACCUGAGGGAAAACUACAUACACCAAUACAUAACACCCCUCCUCACCAAGAUAAGGCAUUAGUUAAGAUCAUGUGGUUACGUUGUUUACAGCAAUGUUCGUAAUGGUUCCUUUUAGGCAUAAAGCAUAAUGGUUACAGUUUACAUGUGUCCUCUCACUAGGUAUUAUACAAGUUCAGUGAACAUAGUCCUGAUGCUGGACACUUGGAAACUCUGCCGGACCGCCGGGGGCCAGUACCAGAGUCCGGUGCCCCACCCGAUUCCUGCUGAGAUUGUGGUGUGGCCCAAACUGGCGUGGAGUCCGAGUUCUCGAGCUCUGCAGCAGUGGUGAGAAUGACGGGGAUGACUUUGGCCACAACUGGAAACCUCCAGAGCAGGAGCUGAUCAUGAAGCUGGUGACCCAGAUUGAGUAUUACUUCUCAGAUGAAAACCUCGAAAAAGAUGCCUUUCUCCUGAAGCAUGUUCGGAGGAACAAAAUGGGAUACGUCAGUGUCAAGCUCCUGACAUCUUUCAAAAAGGUAAAACACUUGACCCGUGACUGGAGAACCACAUCUUUUGCCCUGAAAUAUUCUGAUAUUUUGGAGCUGAACGAAGACAACAGGAAGGUCCGUCGUAACACUCCUGUCCCCGUCUUCCCUAGUGAGAAUCUCCCAAGCAAGAUGCUGCUUGUCUAUGACAUCUGCUUGGUUUCUGAUCUCCAUCCUCCAGAUGGAGGGCAAGAGAAUGGAUGUGUUCAAGAGAAGAUAAUGGAGCAUCUCCUCAAAGUCUUUGUCAGGUUUGGUGUCAUCUCUUCGGUUCGCAUCCUCAAGCCCGGUCGGGAUCUUCCACCAGAUAUCAAGAGAUUCAGCAGCCGAUACAGCCAAGUGGGAACCAAAGAAUGUGCGAUCGUAGAGUUUGAAGAGGUAGAUGCUGCUAUCAAAGCUCAUGAGUCAAUGUGCAUCAGGGACAACGAAACUGCCAUGAAGGUUAUCCUCAUUGGAAUGAAGCCUCCAAAAAAGAAGGUCUUCAAAGACAAGAACCGUGAAGAAGACUCCAGCAAGGCUCUCAGCAAAAGGCAUUCAAUGAACAAGAGAGUUGAAGAACUUCAGUUCAUUGGUGACGAAUCUUCAGCCAACAGCUCCUCCGAGCCUGAGAGCAACCCAGCAUCACCAGUGUCUGGGCGCAGAAGCAACUCUUCCAACAAACUGAGUCUUUCUGCCUACCAGAACAAUCAUCUUAGCCCAAACGUGUCUCCAAGAUCCAGCCCUUGGAGCAGCCCUUCUGCACUGCGCAAAGUGUCCAGGAUGUCCCCACUUGCCGGAGAAGGAAGGCUUAGCCUGAGCACCAGCCCUGAGACAUCCGGGAGGUGUGUGGAUUAUUCGUCGGACAGUAGUCUUACUCCUUCCAGCAGCCCGUGGGUCCAGAGGCGGCGGCAAGCUCAGACUCUGACACAAGAGAAAAGUCCUGUAGGCAGCCCAAUGCAGAGUCCCAAAAUACAGAAUGCAGUUGGGUUACCAGUUGGCGUUCUGCGUCUGCCCAGGGGCCCUGAUGGUACGAAGGGAUUCUAUAACAGCCACGAAAGGAACAGGCCCACGAAGAACGAAGAAGCUUUGUGUGGCGCAUCGAACUGAUGGACUAUUCCAGUGUUGUCCUCCUCAAGGACUUGCAUCAUUGUAGUAUUUUCAUUGCUUUUAAAAAAAUCUUUUCUGUCUUUGUAGCUUUGUAUGUUUGUAUUUGCACUUAAAUCUAUAUGUUGUCUUCAUUUUCUUUUCUUUUCUUUUGGUUGAAAUCUCAGCUGUGCUGCAUUUUACUUAUUUUUUUUAUACCAGAAAUAACCAAACAUUUUAGGGGGGAAACCUUUUUAUUUUGCAAAGUGCAAAUAUAUUUAGUGUGCGCAAUGGUCAGAGUUGCACCCAUUAUUUUAACAGUAUGUUGAAGCCUCUCUUGUAUGUAAUCUUUGAAAGGAACUCUGGAGUUCUGACAUAGUGCUAGUGUUGACUGUCAAAAAGACCACUCUUUAGACAAAAAGUGUAUUUGUAUGAAUAAAAAAACCACAAACAUUAAAAAAAUGUUUCAUCUCCUGGCUCAUCAGCCUUCAAACUGAGCAGGUGUGGAUUGGAUUGUAGAAUGUAUAAAACUCUUUUCAGCCAUGGGUUUGCUUUGUCUUCUCCUGCCCUGCAGGACCCUUGAGUGUUGCAAAGAAUACUGGGUUCAGCAAAACUAAUAUGAAGUGAAUUUUGGGGCCCUGCUGUGAUGGGAAAUAUUUACACAAAUUCUGAGGGAAUCUGUAAACACCUGAACCAAAAUUUGCUACUUUAUCUGGGUUGGAGGUGGGGGAAGUUAUUGGAUCAUGGUGGCACAUUCUAGCGUAGGACAUCAGUGUAUCUGGGGUCACCAGGUUAUUUGGACCUAGACAUCACCCACCUGCAUAAGCUGAGACUGCCCCUGAGUGGGCAGGGUUGGGUAUUUCAGAGAGAAACCAGCAACAGUGGGGGUGGUUUUUAUUCAGUGAAGCUGUUUAUGGACCUUGAUAAGAUUUUGUUCUGAGGGAUCUAAAGGUUACUGGGAAAUACAGUUGGGGAAAGUGAUGUGGCAGACUACAAGAAGUGAGAUGUUUAUGUGUCAUACUCCCAGUGGGAGUGAUUGAGAAGAUCAAACAAAAGGAGUGUUCUUACCAGAGUUUAUUUAAUAAUCACAGCAAGAGACAAAGGAAUGCAUAUCUCCCUAAAAUUGUAUUGCUCCCAGGAAAGGUUCACUCCCUCCAUCUCCAUUAAUCUACACCACUCCUACAUCAGGUAAUCUGAGCUUGUUGCUGUUGCACCUUAGAACAAAGGGCAUUUUUUAUUUUUUAUAAAGAUAAUUUUUAUUAAAAUUUCCAAAUAAACAAAAAACAACAAACACAAAAAAGGAUUGCAAUUUAUCUUAAAUUUCCCCAUCUCAGUCUUUCGCUCCACCGAGCUGUGACUUCCCUCCCUCCCAUCAUUCGGCUUUAUUUCUCACUCCUGUCUCGCCGUUCCUUUUUGUAAACAUAGAUAAGUUCACUUCGUAGGAUUUAUUUCAGUCCUGCUAGUGUCUUUAAGCUUCUACAGUUCUUCUCCAUAUAGUCAAUAAAUUUACUCCAUUCCCUCUGGAACUUUGUCUCUCCCUGGUUUCGAAUCCCGCAAGUCAACUUUGCCAGUUCUGCACAGUUUGCCACUCCUCAAUUGUCUGUAUCUCCUGUAAUUUCCACUUUGGGGCUAAUAAAGUGCUUGUCGUGGUUGUAGCAUACAUAAAUAGUCUCUGAUCUCCCUUUGCUAUUUCCUGUCCCAUUAAACCAAGUAAAAAAGCUUCAGGCUUUUUGGGAAAGGUGUACCUAAACAUCUUUUUCAACUCAUUAUAAAUCAUUUCCCCAAAUCAUUUUACUUUCUCUCAUGUCCACCACAUAUGGUAAAACUCCCCAUCUUUUUCUUUACAUUUCCAACAUGUUUUAUUACCCACCCUAUACAUUUUAGCUAAUUUCACUGGUGUUAAGUACCAUCUAUACAUCAUUUUCAUUACAUUUUCCUUCAAAGCGGUACAUGCAGUAAAUUUCAAUGUUUCAUUCCAUAAUUUCAACCACGCAUCAUAUUCAAUAUUAUGCCCAAAAUCUUUUGCCCAUUUUAUCAUCACAUCUUUUGUCAUUUCAUCUUUUGUAAACCAUUGUAAUAAAAAAUUAUACAUUUUUGAUAACAAUUUCUCUCUUCCUUCUAGCAAUUC